AUGUCGGACGUGGCACCGAGAUUUGCCUGGGUGUGUACCCAUGGAGAGUCACAGCGUUGGGGAAACAGACCAGAUGGAGGAUCAUACAAAACAGACUGGAAUUCUUGUAGCUUGGCACGGGUGGACGAUGUGAACGCCGACAGAGAUGCGGGUCUUCAUUUAGCAAGGGCUGUAUUGCCCAAAAAAUGUGCUGACCUUGUUUUGGGAUUGGUUCUGGUAAAACCAGCUUUCGUUUACCAUGCCCUUUGCCACCUCAGCAAUGCAGAGCAGACACAGCAAACUUUUUGGGCAUCUGUCUUUGGCAACUCAUUGCAUGGAAAGUUAUAUUUUUUUGCACGGGAACCAGGAACACCAGCAUUUGCUUUGAGUGAGCCAGUGAACAUGCCGAUAGUGGACAAAAGAAGGCUGAAAACCUUUUUCGGAUUGUUGGAUGUUGGAGCUGGCAUUGACUUGUCAAACCUUCUGGAGAAAAUUUUGCCGCAAGAUAUGAUGCCCAUGGCGUCGCAAUGCCAAUUUUGUGCGCGUUUGCCGGCGUACUUUGCUUGGGAACUGGUAAGUGGACACACCAGUUCUUUCGCUUUGCCAGAUCCAGAUGUUGAGGAUUUGUUUCACAACUCCAAACGCAUGCGAUCCCGAAUGGUUGGCUGGUCACAUUGGCCUGGAAGUUUUGAUGCUUUCGAGCCACCGCCUUUUAUGGACCAAUCAGAAGAUUUUUCUUCAGAAAGUGCUGGUCGAAUUGCAGGCUUGAUCAGGUCUUUGGCUUCAAGGAUUCCCAGAGAUGAAGAUGAUGCAGAAACGUUCCAGGAGUGUAGCUUGGCAGUGAAUACAUUGUUGCGGGUGCGAGAUGAGCUUAGCACAGAAGGUCUUCACCAAGGUGUUGUGCAGCUGCAAGGACGCGUGAGUUCUGCAAAGCGGCUGCCUUAUCAAGCUGCUUAUCUAAUCAAGACAUUGCUUGUUUGCAACCAUUUACGGGAUGCUUCAGAUUUAAAAAAAGUUCUUCGCAGAGCAAUCGAAAUGGUAUUGCCAAAGUCUUUGACGCAGGAAAUCAUUGCAAAGUUUUUUCAUCCUCGCCAUGCGCCAAAAAUUCCAAGCGCUUCAAGCAUCACACGUGCACGGUUUAUACUGGAUGUGGCGCUGAUGCUUUUCAACAGAGAAAGGAAUUGCAAAGAAAUUGACAGACAGCAGGAAACAAUUCGCUUUGCAAUGGUAGAUUCAUCUGUCCAAGGACACUACAACUUGGAGCUUUUGCGUGUUGUGUCUGUUGACAGUUCAGAAGUUGUGGAAUUGUUUUUGGAUGCGCAGCAGUGCUUGACAGAAUCAGAGAGAUUUACCAGUGAUGUGUUUGCUGGAAGAGUAGAUCCUGUGGUGUGGCUGUUGUAUAUGGAAGCAGAGGAGCAAAGAAUGUUGAACAUGAACUCCCGCAUGCGCUUGGACUUAUUUCCAGCCGUUGCACUGGGGAACCAGCAGCUGUAUCACAAAUUUCACGCAGUUGCUCAUUCGUUGUUUCUUGAAACAGGCAGUGCCGGUUCUUUGGCUUUGUAUUCAUCCCAAAUCUCAGCAUUUUGUACAGACCAGGGUACCGAAUUUGCACUGCCAAAGAUUCCAGCUGUUCCCAUCCAGUCUUUGUUUGGGUUCUUGAAGCCAGGUGACGCUGACACGGAUUGGGCUGAUUGGGCACCUGCCAUGCGCGAUUUUGGAGAAGGAGACAGAGACGCCUUAACAGAACCGUGUGUCGGUGGGGUAGCGUCUCUACUUGUAUCCUGGGAAUUUUGUCUGCUGCAGUUUGGUUGGGAUGCUGCCAAGUACAAAGGCGGCCGUGGUGUCACUGCUCCCAAUGAAGGAGAAGACUCGCACCAGUUUGGGGUUGACAUUGCGGUCGUUGAUGAAGCAAUCAAGUCGCAACUUUUCUGGGCGCGACUGAAGAUGUUGGAGUCUUUGGCAAUUGUGCUUCGCAAGUGUCUUGCUUGGGCUGAAGAUUGUCCCUGUCACUCAAACGGAAACGCGGUUUUGCAACGUGAAGACAUCCCCAAAUUAUGGGCUUCCUGCCCUGUCCGGGGCUGCAGGGCUCCUGAACUUGCUGCAGGUGAUUUUUUUUCAAUGUUUAACGGGCAUGUGGACCAGUCAAGCGCUGCUUUACUUUUGUCUUUGCCUCGCGAUUUGAAUCAAGGAGACAGGAUGAAUUUACUUCACGACUUUGAGUCUGGUAAGAACCACUUGCACUUUGUGUUCCGCUUGAGAUUGGCUCAUUGGAACGAGUGGCCUUGGAAAAUUUAUGGAUGUGCCCAUCCCAGCCAAUUUGUUCACAAGAAGUUUAUUGAGGAUUGUCUUGGAGUUGGGGCUCAGCAAGUGGCCUCCUGUCCUCUUUUGCAGGAGCUUCACAGUGAGUCUGUCAGCGCAGAGGCACAUGCAUAUUUGCUUGAAGGAGGCGAGUUCCCAAGCUACCCAAACUUGUGCCGUUUCAUGGCAAAAUUAUUUUUUUGUCCAACUGCUGAAAGAGCUGUGGAAGGCGACCACGCGAUUGUCCACAGAAAGGUUGCUCUUGCUCGAAACCACACAAUAGCGUACAUCAGUUCUUCCAGAAGGAUGGCCACUCUCCAGGGAUUGAUCGAUAGCGAUCCGGAAAAUCUCACAAAGUUGGCAAAACUGAUGCACAGUGUCCACAGCCCUGCUCUUGCUUUGAAUGAGUUGGGAUUUGCCAAUCACCCUUCCGCAGCUAUCAUUGGGAAUUACCGGGACCCAAUGCACAUGAAGAUCGUGUAUCAUGCUGACCCUGCUACCCUUUUUAGGUGUGCUCCAGAUUGGUCUGACUUGAUACCUCCAAGCAACCCAGAUCUUUUUGCAAUUCAGGACAGCAAUGGUACCGGUGGCAAAGCCGAUGGCGAUAACCUGGAUCCAAGAGAUGAAAAAUCGUCUGCACUGGUGGCCUAUCAGGGGGAGAGCUCUCGAUCGCAGGAGAUUGUGAGACGUUACAUUUUGCAAUCAAUGAAAGUUUGGCUUCGGGAUGACCAGGACAAGAUUGCAGCCGAGAAUUGCAGGUUUGUGUAUUCGUUUCCUUUUUGUCCAGCUGCCAUCAAAUCACUUGGGAUAAUUUUUGACAAUACAGCACUGAAAAGAAGCCUGUCGCAAAGUGGAGUUUUGUUUGCGCAGAUUUUGAGGACUGGAGUCGGAGACAUCAAAGUUCCACAUCCGAAUGAUUUCAAUCGCAGCAAUUUGGCAGUGGUGUUUCUUGAAGUCACAAAGUUUGACCAGGUUGCUGACUCUGUGAUGGUAAGGAGUGAUCCAAUUCACAUCGAUGCCUCAAUUCCGGAGCCUGUGACUACUGGGUCAAGCACGCCAUUUGUGCUUUGCUUGGAUGCCUUUCCAUUAGAUACACUGAUGAAGAUGCGAAGAUGGGAGGUUGAGCCUGAGUUGAAUGUGUCAAUCAAAUUGGCUGAUGGGAUGGAUCCUGAUAUCUAUGGGACGCCGUAUUGCUCAAAGUUGUUGGCUGAUCUUUUGGCUGAAGGUAGCUUCUUUCUGCAAGGAAAUUCUGAGGGUUUUGAUGUCAAGCAGUCAAUUUUGACAGACAUGCGAAACAGAGGUUUGACAGAGCAAGAUGACAAUGCCGGAUGGGCCUUGACUUCGGACGGAAGGUGUGCCGUUUCAGUUUCCUAUCUUUUGAAGAAGCGGCAAAAGCUUGUGCGGAUCAGAAGUGGUAUCUCCUUACAAGACAUGGAAACCGUUGAACUUUUGAUCCAGAUGCAAAAUGACAAAUGGAAGCCUGAGCUUGUUGACGGCAAAAAGUCUGACAUUGCCAAGAAAUUCUAUGUACAUGAUGAGUCGGAAAAAAUAUGGUACCAACCUGGCGGCAAAGAUUCUGUGUGCCGUGAGUAUUUGAUUUUGCUGCUGACUGCAAGCUCACACUUGCAACCGGUGCCUCAUUUGCAGCCUACCGAGGUAUAUUUGAAACUUCUUGGAAAAGAAACGAAGUCUAAGAAACGAAAAAGCACACUGCUUUUUGUCGGAGAUGAAGAUAUAUGGUUUGAUGAGCAGCUUGCAAAACCGUCAUCAAGAAGAGUAACAGCCGUAGAGAAGAAACCCAGAAAAACUCUUUUGGAAUCCUUGCAAGAUGUGGAUGCAGAUCAGCUACAGGGACGGCUUACUGAUUCAGGCACUGGCAGAGCCGGCAGCAUUGGUGUUGUGCAGCCAGCCGAUUGUAGUGGUUCUUCAGAUUCCUCAGACAGCAGUUCUCCAGCAGCUUCAGCAGGCAAGCUAUCCGCAAGAUCUUCUUCAGCUGGCUCAGGAGCAGGUCAGAAUGAUUCAGAGUCAGAGUCUGGCGAUUCGACUCGCUCAUCUACAUCGUCGUCAUCUUCAACGUCUGGACCAAAUAAUCCUAGCAGUUCCAAACCUGAAUCCAAGAGUCAGAAGCAAGGUGCGACGAGAAGGGAUCGUAAUUCUGAAUACUGGGGAGCUUUCAGAUUCACACCUACCAAAACUGGAUGGCAAUGCACUUGCUCCAGUCAUGAGAGUGAUGGCAAGGCACAUUGCACAAAGACAAGAUCAAGCAAUGUAAUGGGAAGCGAAAUGGCCCUGCGGAUGCUUAAAACUUGGGCUCUGUGGGGAAAAGAUGCUACUUCAAAGGACGACCACCAGCAGCGGAUUUGGAAGAAAGUUUGCGACGCUCAGAAAAGCAAUACUCUGCCUUCCAUUGAAAGUUUGGACAAGCAAGUUUAA